UGUAAAGCUGACGCAUCAACAGUUUUAAUCGAACCUGUGAAAGAAGUGUCGUAUUUUUCUUUAAGAUCGUUAUAUUUUGUUUUAAGUCAGUGUUUCUGUUAAGGAUUGUACUGGAAUAGUUACUAGUAAUGGAAGAAACACGUCAGCAGGCACUAUUCAGAGAACCAUCGGAAAUAUCAUUGGGAGCUCCAAACGGUGUACCUUUUGAUGACGAUACUAAAGAAAUGCUGAGGAAAUGCAUCGACGUGUCGAUACCGGCACCAACGAGCCUGCCACAAAUCAUCAAACAAAGCGAAGUUUUUCCUCUCAAAUUUCCAAUUGACACGAUGAGAUGUUCCGCUUUGAGAAAUAGAGGAGUUAACACGGAUAUCCUUGAGAUGAACGCGAAUUCCGUUUAUCCCUUAAUACAUAAAGCGAUGUUACCAUUACUUGCUCGAUGGUUAAAACACAAACGAAAGUAUGGAAGUAUUAUAGAGAGAGCGAUGUAUCAGGAUAUGGGAUUAGUAGAGUUUAUUCAGAGGCUAUUAGAUAAACGAGCCGUGUAUUUCUUCGGAGCGAAGGAUCGAUGGAAAUUGAUCGAUGGUAAGACAGGCGUAGGGAGGUGGGAGAACGUUGGUACGGACCAUGAAAAAGACCCUUUGGUGCUAUCGAAAUGUUUGUCAUACGAUGAAAUUAAACUAUCCGCAAUGAUGACGAUGUCUUCUCACACUGAAUUCAUAAAUAACGGCUCUCGAAAGAAUAAAGGCGUCUUGACCACCGAUCCUGAUUCUAUAGAGCCGAGAGGAGUGAUUAUAGGUGUCGUGGGAUCAAGACUUGUAAAACCAGGCGUAAUGGAAUGCCAAGACAUACUUAUUACUCCUUCACAAAACACUGUGGAUAAUGGGUAUGGACCCUCAGCAACGAUAAAUUCGGAAAAGGUGCAUGAUUUGAGGGUUACAUGGGCAAAUUUUUACGGUGAAAAGUAUCAUCCACUCUAUGAGGAAACUGUAAAGCGGGUUACAUCGAAAGACAAUAAAAGAUACCUUUCUUUGGCCAAUCAGAGUAUUUUUGACAUCGAGAAUUACAUGAAAAGGACUCUAGUAACAGUGGAGAUUAUACUUUUCGAAACAAAUAAUCGAGCUGAAAAACAAAACAUGAAAGCAUUUUUGCACGUUGUAGGCUUUGGUCUUGGUGUGUGGAAAAUACUCCCAGAUCAAGAAAAAUACUUUCUAAAGACGUUCGAAAUCGCCAUAAAAAAGAUGAACAAAAAACUCAGAUAUGUAUCCGAUAUAAUGUUCUCGUAUUUCCAUGAAACGAAAUGUGGUGAUGCAGGAAACGGCGACUACCUCGGAAAUAUAAGGAUUCACUUUGCUAAGAGAGAACCUCACAGCAAAUUGUCAGAAGCAACGGAUGCUAAGAAGCUUCUCGUAGUAACAUAUGCUUGGGAUGGAAAUACGCUACCAGGAAAUGAAUUCUGGAAAGGAUAUUUAGCAUCGAGCGGUGAUCCUGCGGCAGCUUGCAGUACUCAGAUCACAGAAUUGCACACUGUCAGAAUAAAUCCCCGAGCUUGUGGCGCCAGUUUGCAUGUCGCGUCGACUAAGCAUGGUAUCUUGCACAUAUCUGAUUAUGCGAAGUUGCAUCUUGAUGAGACGGAGACGAAGGCCUGUUCGACAGACAGUCCACGAAAGAGACAUAAAGGAGAAGAGGCACACGGAAGUACUUAGUGCACACCAAUAAACUAGAUUCUUCUAGAUGGAGCGCGUUACUAUGUAAGAUGCUGAUUAUGGUAUUUGUGAAACACGCCCAAGAUGUAAUCGCAUCAACUAUUUAAAGAUUACGCCUUCUUAUGACAAAUACUUCUACCAUAUACAUGUAUAUUUUCGUACAUUGAAAUUUUAUUCAUUAUUGUAAUAAACUUUGUUUUAAUUUA